GCUGGCUCACGCACACACGGCGCGAAGAUGGCGAUGAGAGCGGCGCUGCGGCGCCUCACCGCAAACUUGCCCUCCGGACUUCCUCAGCGCUCACCCGCGGCGGCUCUCCCGGCGACGCGACUGCUGUGGGCGGCGAGGACGUCGAGCACCGCGGCCGCCCGCUGCGAAGCUUUAAAGUUCACAGAUAAGCACGAGUGGGUGCGAGUAGAAGGUGACAUUGGCACCGUCGGUAUCAGCAAUUAUGCUCAGGAAGCUUUAGGUGAUGUGGUCUACUGCGGACUCCCCGAAGUCGGUCAACGUCUUGAACAAAUGGAGGACUUCGGUGCGUUGGAGAGCGUGAAGGCCGCCAGCGAGCUUUACUCGCCGCUGACGGGUGAAGUGAAGGAAAUCAACACCGAGCUGGCCGACAAUCCCGGACUGGUGAAUAAAGCUUGUUAUACAGACGGGUGGCUCAUCAAGAUGACCAUCGAAAGGCCGGAUGAGCUGGAAGGCCUCAUGGAUCAAGCUGCUUAUGAUCAUUUGAUCAAAUCACUGGAAUAAUUCACCUUUGAAAAUCGCUGUGCUACUUUUGUACUUCAGUAACAUGCCGCAAAACCUCUCAUCCUCGGUGCUAUUUAUUCUCAUUCUGAAACAGUGCCAUAAGGAUAAUUUUAGUCUGUCAAUAGCUUCUGUUGUCAGAUUCAUUUAGUUGGUAAAACCUUAUAAGGGCUCUUAGGAAUGUUGGGUCUCUUUAUUUUAAAUGUGCACAGAUGAGAUGGAAGAUUGGGCAGUGAUUGCAAGUGCUGUCAACUUCAUGCAAUAAACUUUACAGUUUCU